AUACAUGCAGGGCAAUAGUUGUGCAACCGAGAAGGCGCAAAACUAAGGGUCGUCUGCGCCAUUUUUUUUGGCAUCAUAACCAGCGCUGAUCCGUCGUUUUCGCCAUGGAUGUGAAAAAGCCAAUCCAUUGAUCGUAAUUCUCUCUCUCUCUCUCGCUCGCUCUCUGUUGAUAUUCAGUGUUAUUUGGUGCCAGCACACGAACUCGAAACCUAGAAGGAAUUGGAUCAUCGGGAAGCGAAGAUGGGCGGCGGCCAGUUGAUCUCCGUUCACCCCGAAGAGCUCACCUUUGAGGUUGAGCUAGAGAAACCAGCCUAUUGCAAUCUCAAGAUUGUCAACAAUAGCGAGCACCAUGUCGCCUUUAAGGUCAAGACCACUUCUCCAAAGAAGUAUUUUGUGCGGCCUAAUACCAGCGUUGUUCAGCCUUGGGAUUCAUGCACUAUUACUGUCACCCUUCAAGCUCAACAGGAGUACCCACCAGACAUGCAGUGCAAGGACAAGUUUCUUGUUCAAAGCACAAAAGUGCCACCAACCAUUGAAUUUGAUGAGAUCCCUCCCGAUACGUUCAUUAAGGAUGAGGAGAAGGUGAUAGAGGAAUGCAAGCUUAGGGUGGUUUUUGUUACUCCAAAAUCUCGUAAUGCAAAUUUUGAGGGAGAAUCAGGAAUCAUCUCUGCAACUAAGCUUGCAAUGGGAAGUUCUGAUGUUCUUGCAUUGCAGCGCCUAAGAGAGGAAAGAGAUUCUAUUCUUCAACAAAAUAAAAUGUUGCAGCGAGAACUAGAACUGCUAGAGAGACGUAGAAGUCGCAGAAGUGAUGAGGGCUUUUCAUUGACAUUCGCUGCCUUUGUUGGGUUCAUUGGAUUAUUUAUUGGCUUUAUACUUAACUUUGCACUAUCCUCACACUCUACUGCGUAACAUAGCUUGGUUUGGCGGUGCAAUGUUUCUUUAAUUUUCACAUUAUUUUAUUCCUUCGUUUGUUCUUGAACCAGACGUGUUUUGUUGCUUGCAUUAUGUUGGGAAAUAAUCUAAGCAUUGGAAUUUAAUGCUACUGUAAUUUUUUCAAUGAUUGAGCUGUGAGAGGCUUGAAAAGAUUAUAUAAUUUCAUAGAAUUAUUUUCAUCCAA